CCUCCUCCUAAUUACACCCCAUACUUUAGCCCACUAUAUCCUAACCUAUCACCUAAAAAUGACGAUGAUUUAGUUCUUGCUGUAGCAGUUGGAUCACAAAGAAUAGCCACUGCUCCAUCAAGUUCCCUUUCUCCCCAAGAUGAGAAGGUUAAACAAAUUCAGCGAAGGUCCCCUAAGGGUAUCCAGACUAGGUAUAAGAAAAAGAUGGGGCUGGGUGUUAAAAGAACAGAUAAAGAUGAUGGAGAGGAGGAAGGGGAAGAAGAAUUUGAUGAAUUAGACACACAACAGACAUAUCCUUUUCUGACUGUUGGAGAUCAAUUAAUUUUGAAACCUUUAACUCCAGGAGAAUUGAAGGACAUAAUUAAAGGAGCUCCAAAUCCUAGAACGAAUCCUUCUGCAUGUAUUAUGUACUUGAAGAGAAUGUGCCAAGGACAGAAUAUGACACAGAUUGACAUAAAGUUAAUUAUUGAUGGACUAUUAGAUUAUGACUCAGAAUCUGGGUGGGAAUGGAAUAGAGUAACCACUGUCAGUGUUCCACUUGAUGGAACCACA